AUGAAGGUCUACUGCAGCUAUUUUAUAUUUGCGUGCGUCAUUUACAAAAGCUUUUGUACAACGACGAAAUACUUCACCUUUGAGGAAGACGCGCCUGGCACAGAGAUUGGAAACCUUUCACUGGACUUAAAAAUGGACCCGGCUGAGGACCCCGAGACAUCGUUCAAAUUCAUGCAGAAGACAAACCCGUCCGUAAUUCACAUGAGACAGAUAGACGGGCUCUUAACAGUCGGAGAAACCAUCGACCGAGAGCUGCUGUGCCACCGGUCCCCGCAGUGUCUCGUAACUUUUGAUGUCGUCGCCUUCUCAAAAGGAAAGUUUCAGCUCAUUCACGUGGAAAUCGAGAUAAAGGACAUCAACGAUCACGCGCCUUGGUUUGCACGCAAUGAGACGCACAUGGAAAUAUCAGAGGACGCGCCUUUGCGCGCGCGGUUUCCCCUGGACAUCGCAGUGGACCGGGACGUCGGAGAUAACUAUAUCCAAAGUUACCAAAUUACGCACACGAAUCAUUUCGCCGUUGAGGUCAGCACGCAGGAGGACGGGAGCAAAUGCGCCGAACUCGUGAUGAUCAAAACGCUUGACCGGGAAACAGAAGAGUUUUACACGAUCGAGGUGACGGCAACAGAUGGAGGGGCUCCACCGAAAUCGGGGUCGACCACCGUUUACAUACGAGUGCUGGACUCUAACGAUAACAGCCCUACGUUUGAACACAACUCGCUGAAAGUGGAGCUGAACGAAGAUUCACCCGUCGGUACCCGUGUGCUCAAAGUUCACGCUUUCGACUCCGAUGCCGGGAUAAACGGGGAAGUUAUUUACGGGUUUGUCGAAGGCUCCCCGUCGGACGUUACGCGCGUCUUCCAGAUCGAUCUCAUCUCCGGGGAGGUGACUCUUAAAGACGCGGUCGAUUACGAGAAAAAGAAGUCGUACGAGUUUCACAUCCAGGCCUCCGAUUUGGGCACCAAUUCGGUAUCGUCUACGUGUCGGGCCAUUGUAGACAUCGUUGAUGUGAACGAUAACGCGCCAGAGAUCAACAUUAAGCCCAUGACCUCCACGAGUGACGGGGUGGCCUUCAUCACCGAGGCCGCGGCCGUGGAGAGCUUCGUGGCUCUGGUGAGCACCUCGGACAGCGACUCUGGAACCAACGGUUACGUGCGCACGAGUCUGCGCGGACACGAGCAUUUUAAACUGCAACAGGCAUACAGCGACACAUUUAUGAUCGUUACGACCGCCACUUUGGACAGGGAAACUAUUUCAGAGUACAAUCUCACAGUGGUGGCCGAGGAUUUUGGAACGCCGCCUUUUAAAACCGUUACGCAUUAUACGAUACGCAUCACGGAUGAGAACGACAAUGCGCCGGCGUUUAGCAAAAACAUUUACGACGUAUCAGUGAUAGAAAACAACAUCCCGGGGUCGUACAUAACCACAGUUGUUGCGAGGGAUCUCGACACUGGAAAAAACGGAAAGGUGUCAUACAGCCUCGUUGAGGGCAAAACGCCCGAUGGUGCCGCGCUAUCGACGUUUGUGUCCAUAGACCCUGUCUCUGGAUCUCUGUACACUCUGAGAUCGUUUAACUUUGAGGCUUUUAAACAAGUCCAGUUUACUGUUAAAGCCACUGACAAAGGUUCCCUGCCACUCUACAGCACGGCUUUAGUGAGAAUCCACGUGGUGGAUGCAAAUGACAACUCCCCAUAUUUUACAUAUCCUGUGUUGAGGAAUCACACAGCUGACAUUCCAAUACCCCUGAACGCCCAGCGUGGUUACCUGGCUUUACGUGUGACGGCACAAGAUGAAGACGACGGCGACAACAGCGAUCUGAGUUUUCAUAUUCUUGAGAAUGACGCACAACUUUUCUUCAUGGAUAAAAAGAGUGGGGAAAUUGUUUUGCGCCAAAGUCUGACAGCAUCAUGUGGGGAUGUUCUGCAGGUCAGAGUUUCUGUUGUGGACAAAGGCAGAGAGCCUUUAUCGAGCACGGCCACUAUCCGGUUUGUGGUGACGGACACUGGCUCCCAGGAGGACCAGGUGGUUAUUUUACUCCGGUCUAAGGAUGAAGAGACCCUAAGCUUUGACAUUGGGACGGUGGUUAUCGUUGCGUUCACAGGGGGGUGCGUGCUGUUGCUGACAGCCGUAGGCAUCCUUGCGGUGACCUGCAACAGAAGACGCAGCCGGAGAAACUACGGGAGAGACGGUCUGUACGGGUCAAGCCCUUUUUCUAAAAGCGACACUGUCACCUCAGAUAUAUACGGUGGCACUGGUGCCUUUCUGCCUAAUGAAGGAGAUUCAGCACACCACUGUCUUUAUGAAGACAAGAGCCUGGACUUUGAGGAAAAGCUGUUCCUGCCAUGCAAGCCCUUUGAGCAAACAUUUCUGUGGCAAGAUGAAAAGUACUGUCUACAAAGGAGUGGCACCAGCAACACAGAUCAGCUGAGCGUGAAGGACAGCGGCAAAGGAGACAGUGAUUUCAAUGACAGUGAUUCUGACACCAGCGCAGCCGCUCUCAAAAGAAGCCUGACAACAUUUCAACCAGUGAGCAGAAGCUCAUUCACCCGUGUAGGAGACUGGCAAGGCAAACAGCGGGUUAUACAGACGCAGAACAUGCAUGUUCCACCCGGCGCGGCCUACACCAUAGGGUUUUCCGCUCCGGCUUACAACAUGAGCCAUGUUCAUUCUCAUCCAUGGAAAGAAGGUUUUAAUAAAACAAACAAGUUGCAGACGUUCUCCAGGACUGGAGCGCUGCCUUCAAACUCUCUCCAUCCGCUGGGAGGAAUGACUGAUGAUGUUGAGGAGCAAACUGAACCUGUGAAAGAUGUGCUGACGGUUUCGGCUGUUUGUGAAGUUGCUACAACCUUUUAAGUUUUAAAUGAGAUCAUUAAAAUCUUUGAUCUUAAUAUUUGAACUGGAAUGACAGACCCACACAUUUAUUUGAAUAACAAUGAUGCCAUUACUCAAUUUUUUUUUUAAAUAAUCU